CAGCCGCGCGCUGGGACUCCUGAAACCAGAAUGUGGAAAAAUCUCCCCCGAAGCCGUUUCCCUGGGAAGGCAGUUUUAUCCCUGGACCCGGACACGGCUCACCCUAACCUGGAGAUCUCGAAGGACGGGAAGGUGGUGACAUGCGUCAGUCAGGAAAGGUUUGUUGACUCCAGCCCGAGGCGAUUCGACACGGCGAACUGCGUGGUGGCCCGGCAGAGCUUCAGCGCGGGGCAGCACUACUGGGAGGUGUCCGUGGGCCGGAAGCGGCGCUGGAACCUGGGGGUGGUCUCGGACCGAGCCAGGAGGCAGGGGAGGUUGAUCAGCGUGAAGUGGUGGCCGUGGCCCCCUAGCAAGGUCUGCGCCGAGGGCUACUGGCUGAUCGGCUACGACCGGCAGCGGGCCGGGAAGAAGUACUGGAUAUUUGACACCAACCCAUGGCCCCUGGAUCUCUGUCCCCACCCUGAGACCAUCGGCGUCUACCUGGACUACACGGACGGGGAGGUCUCCUUCUACAACGCCGAUCACCCCGACACACUGACCCACAUCCACACUUUCCACACCUCCUUCGACAACAAGCCCGUCUACCCCAUCUUCGACCCCUGCUGGCACGACAAGGGGGGCAACACGCAGCCCCUCAAGAUCCUGUGAGCUGCCGGCUCCGUGGCAUCCCAGGGCGCCUCGUCCGACGGCCACCGCUCGGCUUACGCAGCUCUGCCCCUCCUGGGGACUUCCCUUGUCUGUGGGCCGAGGAAAGACAGGAAUUGCCACAGUCCCAGAGACGAGGGUGAC